GCUUAGCUUGUUUUGCUUGCAUUAUUUAAAUAGACUCGAUAAACUUUUUAUACAAAAACAUUAAGCACAAAACACUAAAAUGUCGAAAAAUGGGUAAAACAGUUUAUUUUUAUAGACAGAACUCAAACCAACCGCGCAAUGCCAAUGUUAAUUUAGAAGAGCAGAUGCUGCAGAGAAACUACAAAUGUAAUUCAGAAUUGGACUCCGACCGAAUCUAUAUGCGGUACAUAAAAACCCUGAUCCGGGUGCAAAACGCCAUACACAGGAGAUCCCAUCAGAGAAUCCCUCGAAAUUUGCAGACACCCAUCAUACGUAUUGCAGCUGGAGGGUCCUAUAAGGAUUGUAAGGACUCAGAUAAGGCUCAGGAACAACUAAAAAAGUGCCAUGACCAGCACAAUGAACUCCCCUGCGAUGCCGCUAAGCCGUGGGGAAAACCGGAGUGCCCCUCGAAUGAUAAACCAGUGGAAUCUCCCUGUCAGUACAAUAAAACAUCACAAAAAAAUGUGGACAAGAGGUGCAAUUUAAAGCCGGAACCCACUAAGUCCCCAUGCCAUGAUGCACAUGAGAACCAGCAGAGAAGCUGCGUGUGUUUCCAAGAGCCCGUGGCCAGGGACAUUCCGGAUUGUGAUCCAUCCUUUCGGGACUACCCAUGUUCGGAAUCAGACGAACCCACUUCGACGACCGUUUGCUGUGAUGAGAAACAUCCCCGUAAAAAACGAAUAACUUGCCAUUGUUGCACGAGACCUGUAAUUGUGGUUCCCUCGGGUGAAGGAAUCAUGCAUUCCAAUAAGUUGCCUUCUAAAACAAAACAUCCUAAAGUAACUCAUCAAGCUGCGUCCCAAAAAUCCUCACGAAAUUCAAAACACGGUGCCCAGGAUCACUCCAAAUCAGAGUUCGCAGAUCAGUGUCAUAAUUCUCAUGAUGUUUCACCAAAUUCUAAAUCGGAUAAGCUGCAUUUAUUUAAGCCACAUAAUACACAGUUACCAGAGGAACCGCAUUGUUCGACGAAACCACCGCCGUGUACCAAUUGCCCCAGUAUAUGUGAUAUAACCAAGCAGUUGACUGAUAUUCGUCACCAGGUGAAUAGCCUCAAUACCAAUGUCCAAUCGAUGAAACAAAAGCGUGUCGAGCGAAAACUGGAAAGGAAGCUGGAAAGGAAGUUGGAGAAAAAGCUGGAAAACAAGCUGGAAAACAAGCUGGAAAACAAGCGGGAAAACAAGCGGGAAAACAAGCUGGAAAAGAAGACCUCGAGCACUUGUCAGUUUUGUCGGGGACAGCAAUUGCCCUUGCUUAAUAGUUUCCACUUCCAGGUGAUGGAAUUAAUUGGCGAUCGAUGCAUUACGGAUAUCGUGAUGUCCGUAUUUCUACGAGCAGACAAUGUCUACCACGUGAACCUGAGGGAACUGAGUUCGGGAAGUUCCCUGGGAUGUUUCCUGGUCACUGAUGCCGGCAUCGAGGAGGCCAUCCAGCUGGGUCUGUUCCAGGACAUACUCACUUUCAGUGUGAUCGAUGUGCGGAAUACCAUUAAGCCAAAGAACUGCCCUCUGGGCAUCACCUUUGAAUUCCAUCACGCGGAUCGCCAGAGCGGUGGUAGUGAUUCCAUGACUCGUGGGAGUUGUAUGGUGGGCAGGCCCUAUGUGGCCAGGGUUCUGGGUCUUCCUCUCAAGCAACUAAAGUAUGUGUACUCUGUGCCACAAGCCCCUACAACAAAUAGCGAAAAAAAAUCCAGCAAGCACUCAAAAAUUUAUAGGAUACAAUCACGAUCAGCCUUUUACAAGCCGGGGUUUAAAAACAAAUCGAAGGCCAGUAUUAAACGGACUAUCAAGAAAAUCGCCCGCAUCGAUAAACAAUAUAUUUUAACCGAUGAUGAAGACAAGUAUCCAUUUAGCCAACUGGAUACGACCUCGCUGUCAAGCGUAGAUUGCCCCAUCCAGAAAUUUAAAAAACAGCGGUCAUGCCCUUUUACCUUUUAUAACUGCCGAAGACUACCACCUAAAGUUCAUAAAAAAAAUUUAUUAAAAAUUGUAUAAGGUAUCAUUGCUGAGGACUUAGGAAAGCCCUUUUUAAUAAAAUUUUAAAUAUUUUUUAGUAAAUUACAAUAUACACCUA